UUAGCUUCUGAAGUAGAAUGUGAAAACUGAUUGGCGUGGAAUUUGCCGCCACAAGAGAUGCGGCACCGGAAAGAAUGAACGCUUCGGCCGAGUCCCCCAAAUCCACCAUCGAAAAGGUCGACAAGCAUGAACUCAUUUUUACCUCGAGGAGCAAUGUUGACCCAAUGGACGCCUAUGAGGAGGUCAGGCCAUUGGGUCGUGGUGCAUUUGGUGUGGCAACGCUGGUGAAAUUUCGAAGUGGCGGUCGACGGGCAGAAAGAGUGAUCAAGCAGAUCGAUUUGAGCGUUCUGAGCCCGGCUGCGCUGGAAGAGUCCCAUAAAGAAGUGGGUGUGCUCCGCCAGCUGACCCACAGACACAUUGUUGCAUAUUUUGACACAUUUGUGAAAAGCAAUAGUUUGUACAUUGUGAUGGAGUAUGCGGAUGGAGGAGAUUUGGCAUCGCUGAUCAGAAAGCACAAAGAUGAUGAGCAGCCAUUCACUGAAACGCAUGCGAUGACCAUAUUCAGCCAAUGCCUGCUGGCACUGCAAUACAUCCAUUCGAAGCACAUACUCCACCGUGACAUAAAGUCCCAGAACAUUUUCAUGAUGAAAGCAGGUGAUGCAAAGAUAGGAGAUUUUGGCAUCUCAAAGGUGAUAGAGGGCACGACUGCUGCAAAUGGCACUGUUGUUGGAACGCCGCAGUACUUUGCGCCCGAGAUAUGUGAAGACAAGCCGUACAACUCGAAGAUCGAUAUUUGGUCAAUGGGAGUUGUCCUUUACGAGAUGCUUUCCCUAGUGCAGCCAUUUGCUGCGUCAAAUGUGGCAGCAUUGAUUAUGAAGAUUGUCAAUGCGGAGCCUCCUCCGUUGCCAGCAGAGUGUAGAGAAGAGGUAUGCGAUGUCGUGCGACGGGCCUUGAACAAAGACCCCAAUGAGAGAGCCAGUGCGGAAGAGCUGCUUGCGCUUCCUCCUGUCAGCUGUACAGUUUUGCCGGAUGCUGAUCAAAGCAAAACGCUCUCCAUGGACCAGUUUGAAAAGAUCGAGACCCUGGGACGGGGAGCACAUGGUGUUGCUAUUUUGGUGAAGCCGAAGUACGCUGGCAGUUCUGCAUCCCUGCGCGUGGUCAAGACAGUUGACUUCAGCAGGAUGUCAGAAGAUGCACAGAAGGGUGCCAAGGAUGAAGUUGCUUUGUUGCGACGCCUGGCGCAUCCGCACAUCAUUGCUUACUACGAUGCAUUUUUUGAGGCCGAUCAACUACACAUUGUUUUGGAGUUUGCUGAUGGAGGUGACCUCUUCACCACAGUCAAGAGGCGGAGAGAGGAAGAUUCCUAUUUCAGCGAUGAGGAAUCGAUGCAUUGGUUUCGGCAGUGCCUGUCAGCGCUUGCCUACAUUCACAAGAAGAAGAUUCUUCACCGCGACAUCAAAACCCAGAACAUUUUCCUCAUGAAGACUGGCGAUGCAAAACUUGGUGAUUUUGGAAUCUCGAAAGUCAUGGAUGGCACGGUAGCCGAAGCUGGAACAGUGGUUGGGACGCCUGCAUAUCUGGCCCCAGAGGUCUGUCAGAGUGUGCCCUAUGGUAGCCGCAUUGAUGUUUGGUCACUGGGCACCGUGCUGUAUGAGUUGCUCUCCUUGAGGCACCCCUUCCAGAGCAGCAACAUGGCUGCCACAGUCUUGAAGAUCAUCUCGUCAGAACCUGCACCUCUUCCAGCCCGUUGCAGUGAAGAGGUGAUCCAAGUGGUGCAGCUCUGCUUGCAAAAAGAUCCUUCGAAGCGGCCAUCUGCCAAGGAGCUACUAGCUCAUCCUGCAGUGAAGGGCUUCGGCGAAGAAACCACUCGGCUGGACAGCACAGAGUCAGACCUGGGCUCCAGUUGGGGCGCGGGCCAGGUGAUUGAGGAAGGCGACGAGUCUGGAACUUUUACUGGAGGCUUAACACGCCUUUACACCGGUGAAUUCUGUAUCGCAGAUCCAGAUGGUGACAAGUCCCUGAAGGGGAUCCUGCAAGACAACCUGGAUGGCGAUACGACAGCCUCACACACCUUGGCUAUUCCCUUUGGAGCAACAGUAAUCGGAGGGCUGGAGGAGUCAUUGCAGGGCUCUUCGACUUUGGUGUUGCCAAAGCAAAGCACGGAAGAGCAGGCAAUGAAACCUAUCGGAGAAUUGGAAGCUGAAAGACCCAUCAGUGCGGGCCAGACGGAGGGCGAGAAAGAAGAGAGGAGAAACACCGACCUUGACAUGAUCCGCGCGCUCAAGGAAGCAGAUGAUGACAAGGCUUUGGAGAGAAUCCAGAAGUCAAAAGCUGAGAACGCAGCCUUCGCCGAAGAGAUGCGCCGUUGGAAGGAAAGCGAGGGAAGUCUGCCAGCGGAAGCAGAGAGGCCAGAUCAAACGGAGAAGCAAAUCUCAAAAACCAAGAGGAGAGUCAAGGACCCUACCGAAUCUAGGACCAACUCAGCUCGCAGCUCCAAUGGAGGCAAAAGAGAGGAAGAGAGAAGAGAGGAAGAGAGAAGAGAGGAGGAGAGAAAAGAAGAGAGAAAAGAAGAGAGGAGAGACGAGGAGAGAAGAGAGGAGGACGAGCUGUCACCUGUGCAGAAAGCUCGCAAGGCCAAGCUGGAAAAAGCUGAGCAAGACAAGAUCCGAAUCAUGGAGGCAACAAGAGCUGUUGCACAAGACAGGGAGAAGGCUCAGGAGAGACGUGCGAUGGACCAGCGGGGCACUGUCAAAGAGAUUAUCCACGGCACCGGUGGAAGACAGAGGAUGCCAGAGGCAGACCCUCUGAGUGCGCGGGCAGUACAGGCAGGUACGAGCCGCCCAAUGUCCAAGGACAGGCGAAGGGAUACUUUUGAGACGGCUUCCACAUCUGCUGGGAAUCCAGGGUUGUUUCGUGGAGCCGGAGCUGCAAUCGCAGGAUCAGCGUCAAGUACAUCCAUAGGACAUGCACGGCCUGGAAGUAGCGGCAGUGCUUCUGAGAAGGUGGAGAAAGGUUUUGCAUCUCGCGCACAUUCUGGAGAAGAAGGUAUGCGCGUUUCACCGUCAGGGCGCACGAAGUUUCCAAGUGAUGAUAUGCGCGGACCUGGCAUGAAUGAUGUGGUUCAUGUCCGGGAGCAGCCAUUUUGGGUCAAAGAUCCAUAACUCCUGCUCAUUUUUAUUGAACCGCAAUUUGAAUAUAGUUGCCUAAAA